AUCCAAUGAUAAGUAAUAUCAUGCACCACUGGGUUGAUGUGUCGCGGGCCUUGUAGAUGGCAGCCUUGAGAAGAUCGCUAACAGGGCUCUCUUCAGCCUACUAGCUCCUGCCUGAAUGCCUAUCUCAGUGCUGCAUGAUGCACUCUAAGUGGCUCAGCAUACUCUACAGGAGUCUGAAAAUCAGACUACUGCCAUGUACAACUGAGCAUCACAAGGCAACUGUGACUCACUGUCCUAUGGCGGGAGAUAAGUACAAGCCUUCCGGGCAGUGCCAUCCCCGCCUCCAACACCCUCAGCCGCGAUCCUUGGACGUCAGCCUGAUCCAUCCCGGCUCUCCCAACUCGCUCUUCCAAGUUCGUCGUGUAUAUCUUCAAUUCUAUUUCUCUCCAUCACUCUUUCUCAAGGUAGCCAGCUACCUUCUACGACCAUUUCCUCCUCGCUCUUCUUAUCACAUUUGCCUGCAACAUGGCUCGCGCCCCAGGAACAGCGCGCAUCGUACAGAGACAUCCCCAGCGGGCAUUGCAGGCGGCAGGAGUCACCCCACCUUCAUCUAGCAACACACGGGUCCUACGUUCCAAUACCGCAAAAGCAGCAGCACCCGUGUCCAAAGUCACCAAGCGAAAGACACGACGUCGGCGUGCAGAUCCAUGGACUCCCAAGCGCAAAGUAAACCCUAACCCGACGUCUAAACCUCGUGCUCCACCGCAGACUCAUUUCACCUGCCGGAUUUGUAUCGAGGAACAGACUACUGAUCAGUUCAUACCACCCUUCUCACCAAGACGACAAUGGUCUUUGCCCAUGGACAGUUUUGACGUCCCCUAUCACUGUAUCGCGCACCUUAGUCGCAAUCCGAGGAAGAAGAGCAUCAAGCCAGUGUGCAAGUCCUGCAUCGGCAACAACAUGGCUGCUCGCCUCGAUAUGCUCGGCGCGCGAAAAGUAGGCGCAGGCUGCCUCGAGCCCGGAUGCGAAGAGCCAUGGAGUCACUCCUUCAUCAUGCGGUACUUGCCACGCGGCGAGCCUCUCGAGAAGUUCAACAUGGAGAUGUUCAACGUCUGGCUGGAAGAUGUCAUCCCCAAACCCAUGACGUGUCUAUCGCCUACUUGCACUGCCGUCGGCCUACCAGACGUCAUGUCCGCGGGCUACCCCGAAGUCACAUGCCACGAGUGUUUGUUUCGGUCUUGCGCACUGUGCCUCGUACCCUGGCACAAAGAUGUCACUUGCGCCGAGCUCUCCGCAAAGCGCAUCAACGAGCAAAUGUCCGACCCGGAGAAGGACACGCUGAAGCUCAUGCAAACCAAAGACGGCAAACGCUGCCCCAACUGCCAUCUCGUCAUCGAGAAAGAUGGAGGAUGCGAUAGCAUGCACUGCAUAGGAUGUAACAAGUACUUCAACUGGUCUACGGCUGCGAGUGCAGUUCCAGGUGCAAAAAAGGCAGAGUCAGUUCAGCACGUUUCGCAUGUUUAUCAAAACGGUGGACCAGUAAUUUGCGAAAUGGAUAGUAUCUUGGAGACGGCUGCAGCGCCGGCAGUGGUUGCUGCUGCCUCCUAGUCUAGACCUUCGACAUAUCAAAGGACAAGUAUUUACACAGUCCCAGCCCAGUAUGAAGAAGAACACUCCUUUGUCCAUGCC